AUCCAACGUACUUAAUUCACCUUUCCUUGGAUGGCGCCGACUAACAAAGCUAGAACAGCAGGCGUCAGCGCGAGUUCGUUCUUCGACCUCAAAGCAGAAAUCGCAAAGAAAGAAGAUGAAUUUUCUCGGACCAAAGCUGCAGGAGGCAGUAGAUACACAGUGGGAGGGGUCAAGAGACCCGACAAGAAACCGACUAUAUGGACUCGCCCCAACAAAGGCGUCCAAAAUCGCGCUGCGCGCGACAUAGAACUGGAAGAAGUCAGUAAGGUGACUAUCGAAUCUGGGCGGGCUGUUUUGGAGAGGAAGGCGAAAGUGUAUGAGAAACUGCGGCAGGGGAAAUCUGGUGGCCUUACUGACAAGCAAUACGAGAAUUUGCUCGUCGAUUUCGACUCUCGAGGGGCCACUGACUAUUUCGAAUCGGACAGUGAUGAUAUGGAUGAAUCAUUGACGGUUCCUCAGCAGCUUCAAGACGACGAUGACCCAAUCAUAGAGUACGAAGAUGAAUUUGGACGACAACGAACUGGACGCAGGUCGGAAGUACCCCGGCACCUACUUCCGCGUUCAGAAGAUACAGAAGCAAUACCGGACGAUGAUAAGGAUGUCAUUUACAAUCCCGUCGAUUACUUCCCUGUAUUCGAACCUUCCGCGGAGCGUGUACAAGCGGUUCAAGAUGCUUACUUGGAAGCUGACAACCCAUUGUCUGCUCACUACGAUUCAACAAAGGAGGUUCGCGCUAAAGGUGCUGGGCACUAUCAAUUCUCUGCAGAUGAGGAGACGAGGAAACAACAAAUGGAAGAACUGCGGUCAGCAAGGAUGGAGACUGAGAAGACAAGACAAGACGCUGGAGCAGUGGAUCUUAAACCGGGGGAGGUGGAGGGCAUGCGUGACGACAGCAGCACUGCAGGCGCGUCGAGGAGCAGGGCGAUGGAGAAACGGAAGAGGGACAUCGAGGAAAGGCGAAAAAUAUUAGAUGCGAAGCGGAGGAAGGUCAAAGGUGAUGAAACCCCAGCAGACCGAGGUUUUGAGCCUGAACCUCUAGAGACUGUGACAUUGGAGACACGGGGCGGAUCUGGUCCGUUUGCGGCGUUGGAGAGGCAGGCAACUGAUGCUUCAGACCGACCCAAGAGAAAGGGCAAGCAGAAAGGGACUAACGACCCGGCUCCAAAGACAGAGGCAGACGACUUCCUGGCCCAGCUAGAGCGGGAAAUAUUAGGAGGUCAUUAACCGCCAGUUCAUACCCCGAUCGGUGAGUUAUUUCUUGUUGGGUAGUCAUCUUGUGCUUAUCGAAGAUUUAGCUUAGAUUCGCGACAGCAUGAGGAUGUCGUAGACUUCCGGAUUACGCCAGUACGCGGCCAGGAGUGAUGCGCUAAUGCCCCACCACAAGUUAUAUCAAUCUAGGUAAUGUUACAGAUUGGAGCGUUCGAUCACUUACACAACGUUCGUCGUGACCAAGAGGCUCGCGCUCAUCAUAUCCAGUUGAUGUACUUCUGAAUCUGUGCAGUGGCAUUGCAACCCAAAAACAAAUAGGAUCUUUACAUAUGCAUAGUGUUGCCACUGAUAUAAUACAACCAGCAAACAA